ACAUACUUUGGUUGAUCAAUGCUUUGUGGGUCGAACAACAACAAAUAUCUCUGCAGGUUUGCUAACUAGGGUGGUUAGUUAGCUAGCUGUCAAAAACAUGCUUCUUCAGACUUUCAGGCCAUGGCUGACCUUGCUCCGUUGCAGAGGAUUGCCAGUAGCAACAACACGACUUUACCACGGUGACAGAGUCGCAGCCGUCGGUACACAGCCUGACACACAGUCCGCGGAGUUUACGGAAAACUAUGAACGAAUGCAAGUCCUUGUUGAUGAGUUGAAAGGCAGAUCGGAGAAAAUCAAAUUGGGUGGAGGAGAACGUGCCAGAAAGCUACACAUCUCCAGAGGGAAGCUCCUCCCCAGAGAACGCAUAGACAGACUGCUGGACCCAGGGUCUCCGUUCCUGGAAUUCUCCCAGUUUGCAGCAUAUGAGCUCUAUGGGAAAGAGGAGGUUCCAGCAGGAGGCAUCAUCACAGGGAUUGGCAGAGUCUCAGGGGUGGAGUGUGUGAUUGUUGCUAACGACGCCACAGUGAAAGGAGGCACCUACUACCCAGUCACAGUGAAGAAGCAUCUCCGAGCCCAGGAGAUAGCUCAGCAGAACCACUUGCCAUGUAUCUACCUGGUGGACUCCGGAGGAGCCAACCUCCCCAGACAGGCCGAGGUCUUCCCAGACAGAGAACACUUUGGACGGAUCUUCUUCAACCAGGCUCGCCUCUCCUCAGACGGAAUAGCACAGAUAGCGGUGGUUAUGGGGUCGUGUACAGCGGGAGGAGCGUAUGUCCCAGCCAUGGCUGAUGAGAGUAUCAUCGUCAGGAAACAAGGAACCAUCUUCCUGGGAGGACCUCCUCUGGUAAAAGCAGCAACAGGGGAGACCGUCUCUGCUGAGGAUCUUGGAGGGGCGGAUCUUCACUGCAGGAAGUCAGGCGUAACAGACCACUACGCUCUAGACGAUAGCCACGCCCUUCACCUGGCUCGCAAGGCCGUCCGCAACCUCAACUACACCAAGAACAUACAGGUGGGUGAUGACCUCAGCAUACAGGUGGGUGAUGACCUCAGCAUACAGGUGGGUGAUGACCUCAGCAUACAGGUGGUUUUUGACGUCAAAGGAGUGAUAGCCAGGAUUGUCGAUGGCAGCCGGUUUGAUGAGUUCAAAGCCUUCUACGGAGAUACGGUGGUCACAGGGUUCUCCAGGAUAUUUGGUUACCCUGUUGGAAUCAUUGGUAACAAUGGAGUCCUGUUCUCAGAGUCUGCUAAGAAAGCAACUCAUUUCAUAGAGUUAUGCUGUCAAAGAAACAUUCCACUUAUCUUUCUCCAAAACAUCACGGGCUUCAUGGUGGGCAGGGAGUACGAGGCAGGUGGCAUCGCCAAGGACGGGGCUAAGAUGGUCACGGCGGUUGCGUGUGCCAACGUGCCCAAGAUCACGGUGAUCAUCGGCGGCUCGUACGGAGCAGGCAACUACGGCAUGUGUGGCAGAGCCUACAGCCCCCGGUUUCUGUACAUGUGGCCCAACUCCCGUAUCUCUGUGAUGGGUGGAGAGCAGGCUGCCACCGUACUAGCGACCAUCACGAGAGACCAGCGGACUAGAGAGGGCAAGGAGUUCACAGCAGAGCAGGAGGCUGCCAUGAAGGAACCCAUCGUCAAACGGUUUGAAGAGGAAGGAAGCCCGUACUUCUCCAGCGCUAGGCUGUGGGAUGACGGCGUCAUCGACCCGGCUGACACUCGUCUAGUUCUGGGAAUGAGUCUCAGUGCUACACUCAAUGCCCCGACACAGAGGACACGCUUCGGAGUGUUCCGGAUGUAGACAUCCACAGACCCACUAGAGGACAGACUGGACAUCCACAGACCCACUAGAGGACAGACUAGACAUCCACAGACCCACUAGAGGACAGACUAGACAUCCACAGACCCACUAGAGGACAGACUGAACAUCCACAGACCCACUAGAGGACAGACUAAACAUCCACAGACCCACUAGAGGACAGACUCUGGAGCCAGUCUGUAGUGAUACAAGGACUGUAUCCCGUAUUGGCGUCCCAAAUGGAACCCUAUUCCCUAUGUAGUGCACUACUACCCCAUGGGCCCUGGUCAAAUGUAGUGCACUACAUAGGGAAUAGGGAGCCAUUUGGGACAGUGGUGUAUUUUGUAGAAACAGUAUAUUGCACAACCCCAGGCAGUGUUGUCAGUAGUGUGUGGUGACUGACCAUAGAAGAUUUUGUUCUGGAAAAACUACUUAACUGUCAUCUUUGUUAAACUGUAUCUGUAAUCAUGAAUCAGUGUCAAUAAGGAGACUUGUGUUAAAAGUCAAGAGAUAAGUACUGGAACCUCAAGUCAGAAUCCUAAGUGUCCUCCUGAUCACACUCCGUGCCUCUCUACUACUUCUGGUCAAACAUCAGGAUCUGUAUCACACCUCUUCUGGGAACUGGGAGUCUCUAUCUAACUAACUCUGGUUUUUGUAUGUUGCUUCUAUUUUCUCUAGAUUUUGGAUUAACACUGUUCACCAAUUAAAUGAACUGACCGCA